GCUCUAACCUUCUUCAUGUUCCCCUUGGCUCUGCUGCUGAACGGUGUGGCAGCCUGGGUGUCGCUCCACCUCAAGUCCACCUCCACCUUCGUGGUGUACCUGAAAAACCUGGUGGCGGCCGACCUAAUUCUGACGCUGCUCAUCCCCAUCAGAUCGGCGGCCGAACUGCCCGACGCGCCGACGGCGUUGUUCAAGCUGGCGUGCCGCGUCAUCAGCACCACCUUCUACAGCACGCUGUACACGUGCAUCACCUUGCUGGGCUUCAUCAGUCUAGACCGCUUCUUUAAGAUCAUGGCUCCCCAGAGCAAGAUGGUCAGUCAGAAUCUGAAAUUCAGCAAAGUGACAUCGGGCCUGGUCUGGCUGAGUCUGUUUGGCGGCGCUGCUCUGCCAAAUAUCAUCCUAACAGACAAAUCAGGGGUUAACGUGACCCAGAUCAGCUCCUGCAUGGUGCUGAAGGGCCCGGCCGGACUCCAGAGCCACAGCAUCACUGUGAUUUCCCUCAACGUCUUGUUCUGGAUCGUCAGUGUGGUUGUUGCAGUUUGCUACGUUUGCAUCGCAAACAAGGUUCUGUACUCGUUCCGAAAGUCCGGGAGCAACAACAGCCACGGGAAUCAGAAGAUCAAACUGAGGGUCUUCUUGGUCGUCAUCGUCUUCGUUGUGUCAUUCGUGCCCUAUCACAUCAUCAGAAUCCCGUACACGUUUCAGCAAGUCUCCUAUUCCUCCAAAACCUACUGCUUCGACUUAAGGGCCAAGUUUGCCAAAGAAUUCAGCCUCUGGCUCGCCACCACCAACACCUGCAUGGACCCGCUCCUCUACGUCUUCCUGUGUCGAGAGUUCAAAGAGAAGCUGGUUUCUAUAGUGAGCAAGGUUCCGGGUUCGGUUCGAGCAGCUGUAACAGGCAGCGCGGGUUCAUCAAAGACCAGGCUCUGAGGUGGAGAAAACCACGCGCCACGGACUGAGCUCUGACGUCACUGCAGAUCAUCUCUCAGAUUACAGAUGUUACUGUAUGUAUUGUUUUCAUGUACUUUAUGUAGACGUUGAGCUGUCGAGCUUGGUUUCAUACACUAACGCUUGUGAAGUGUAAAUGAUGGGGCGACAAUUAAGUUCUGGUUUUAUAUUACAACACAGUAGCAAGAGGUGAAAUUCAGAAGGCAAAUAUCGUUUCUAUUAGAAUAACUAUGGACGAGGCUGCCAUGCAAAACAAGCUGAAUAACUAUACUUAACAUUUGCAUCACACAGUGAAGUCUAAUGUUUGCAGUAACAGUGCAAUACUGUAGGUCAAGUCUUUUAUGUUUUUCUGCAUCAUAAAUUUGUGGAAAGAACAAAUGUGUGCGUAAGGAAUCAGGUCAGUUUUACUGAAUUAACUGUAUUUGUACGCAUGUAUUCAAAGAACUAAAGAUCUGAAAUAAAGUAUGGAGCAGAACAGGUGAAAUCAUUUUUUUUCCAUUUGAACAAAACCAUAAAACCAAAUGUUGCAUG